AUUAUCAUUAUUUGACAUUCCCCUACUCUACGUUUUCGCUUAAAAAAAAUGCGAAAAUCCUUACUUCAAUAAUAAGUUUUACCGUGAUUUUAUUAAAUUUUAUGCUUUAUAAUCCCUCCGUUAGUUGACUGAUGAGAUGUCGUGUACCUUUUUGUAGGAAUACAUUAUAAAAUGUUCACCUAAAACUCGUAAUUUUAUUUUGUAACUGUUGUUUAUAUGAUGCUUUCAAAACGAAAACUUCCUGCACGAAUCGUUAAUGCAUCUAUCGGGCUUUGUAAUGAACACUGAACAUUCAUCAUAGUUCCUGUCUCAAAUCCUGGUCGCUAGAUCGGUGUAGAAAGAAUGCAUGAAACCAGAUGACCCAAUACAGUGUUCGUAACAGCAGCAGCAUUUAUGGCUUUGGCAAUGGAGGUUAGUGGAAUGAAUAGUGACCUCAGAGCUGUGCAAAUACAAACAAAAGCAUCAGCUGUAGCACAGUUUUGCAUGAUAUGUCUCGACACAGACUGUAAACUGUACCCAUUGAGCAAAUACAAUUUGGGUGAGGCUUAUGAAAAUUUGACUGGAAAAUCACUGCAAUGUAUAGUAAACUUUUUACCAGAAUUUUGCAUAGAAUGUACUCAAAGAUUGAAAUCCUGCAGUAAAUUUAGAGACAAGAGUUUGAGAACUUAUCACUUAUUAUCACAAUUAGUUGAAGAAAAUGAACUGCUAACAACACAAACAAUAAAAACAGUAAACCGAGAUAAAAAUCAUCUAACUUCAAACAUAGCCAAGAAAAUACUCGAACCAAAUCAUUGCGACUUAUAUUUGAUACACAGCAAACAAGAGGACAUUAAAGUUGAACUGAAAAUUGCAGAAAACAAGCCAAUAUUAAAGUGUCUAGACAAAAACGUUAUAACCGAAAAUGUUGUUGAACCUAAAAAAGAAGCUUUGAUAGAUAUUAAAAGUGACGAUGAGUUUUUAAAUGAUGAUAUAGACAACGACUCGGAUUUUCUGUACAGUGACAGUAAAGUGAAAGGCAUAAAGAGUGACAAAGACAAUAGUGAUGAGUUUAUGAACGACAAAUAUGACUUAGCGGAUGAUACAGAUAACGAUUGGGAUUUUUUGAAAGACAGCGAUAGUGAAAUUGAAAUUGUUGAUGUUGGUAAGAAGAAAGGGGAAGCUAAAAAUGGUAAGAAUGCACGAAGUAAAACUGUAAGAACAACUAAACGUAACAGCACAGUGAAAAAGGAAAAACCUCCACCGAAACCCAGAAACACAGUUAAAAAGGAAGCAAACAAAAAAGUUAGGGUUAGAGUUAAGAAAGAGGCGAAGAAACCAGCAAAACCUGAGAAUCUGGAUUAUUUGAAACAGUUCCUUGUAACUAAGUUGAGUCACGAGGAACAAUUGGCUGAUAUACAGAAAAGGAAGGAGUCCGACAACUUUAAGAACUCUCCAUACAAAUGUAUGAAGUGUUUCAAAGGAUUCUGUAAUGUUACAACGUAUAAUACUCAUAUGGAGAAGCAUACAAACAAAUUUGGUCAAUUCGAGUGCAAUGUUUGCGGCAUUCACAUCAAAAGUAACUACCGACUUCGACACCAUGUUAUCAAGAACCACAGCAUGAGAUACAGUUGCUACAGCUGUCCGUUGGUCACCAACCAUAAAGAAUCCGCGCAGAAUCACGAGCGCUGGCACAAGGGUACCAAGUUCAAAUGCCCGCAUUGUAAUGAAGAGUACAGCAAGAAGACGUCAUAUCUCUCCCACCUGCGUAUUUGGCACCCGUCGGACGUGGUCUGUACCCUGUGCGGUUUCUCGUUCAUCAACGAGAGAGGUCUCAGGAUGCACAUAAACUUUAAGCAUCGCUUCGACAAUGUACAAAAUCCAGAAGGUCCGUUAUGUGAGCCAUGCAAUAUACGUUUCGCAUCCGAUACAGCUUAUAGGCAACAUCUGGACGUGUCGCCGAAGCACUCCGACGGCGACACCCUCAAACGCAAUACACCGCAAAGAAUGCGUGGCCAACGCAACCAGCCUGCCAGCCACAAACCUGUGUACAAACCCAAAGUGGAAACAGAAAUUGUGGAGUGCGAACAGUGCGGCACCCAAUUCAAAGGUUUCAAGUUGUACGCAUAUCACUUUAAGAGAUUCCAUCCGGACAAGAAACGCACCCAGUACCCUCCGCAUUCGCCGCAGCGGUUUUUGUGCGAGCAGUGCGGAAGAUCCUUUAAGCACCGUUGCGCUUUACGCGACCACAUGUUAACUCACUCGGGCAAGAAAGAAUUCCAGUGUGACAUAUGCAAGAAGAAAUACUAUCUCAGGACCAACCUUAUAACGCAUUUGAAGUCUCACAACGAAGUCCAACCAACUUACGAGUGUCCUAUAUGCGGAAAGCAUUUCACAAACAAGGCCAAUACCAAUCGGCAUAUAUGGACGCACAAGGAUUUGAAGCCGUUCAAAUGCCAUGCAUGCGAUAAGACCUACGUGAACGCGUCAGCAAGGCGCAGUCACGUGUUGCACGCGCAUUUGAAGCAGCCGUGGCCCAAGAAGAGCCGUGGCCCUAGAGUCAGGGCUAGCCGUGCUAGGCAUACCAAGGAGGCAGUGUGUGGUACAAUAUGGCCUAAGUCGGAGCGUGGAAUGGCUGCCGUCGAGCAGUUUCAAGGCUAAUAUUAUAUAUAUAUUCCACUGCCACACUUCACCUCCUUUUCAAUACAUUUUUUACAUGAGAAGCGGUGAUAGGCUCGCCCCUCUGUUUUUUCAGGGAAUUUUGUGCGUUUUUAUUUUAAAUAUGACUUACUUUUGCGGUGGAGGAAAACAUUGCGAGGAUACCUGUAUUUUAAGAGUCUCAAUUUUAUAAAUUUAAAAUGCAUAUAAAAAUUUUCGGAUCCGACCGGAUUUGAACCUGC